AUGCACCAGUCUCGCCGAAAUGUCUGGCCCCCACCCCCGCCUCCACCAGAGUCAGAGCAGGAGAGACUAGCUCGCAUUGAUGCAGAACGAGAGGCAAAACGCAUCAGCAAUGCAAUCGACGAGCAAAUUGCGGUGGAGCGUGAGCAGCGGAGGCGACCCUCCAAUGCCAAAGUUCUUCUACUCGGCCAGGCAGAAGCGGGCAAGUCGUCGGUUCUGAAGAAUCUACAGCUCUACUUCGCUCCAAAGGCUUUCCAGGCAGAGGCGGAAGCAUGGCGGCCAGUGAUACACCUCAACCUCGUUCGCUCGGUCAACUUUGUUCUGGGGCUAUUAGAGCUGCGACACAAUGAUGGGGGGACUUCUCCCGUACUGAGUGGUUCACUCCGUCGACUGUCAUUCAGCCUUGCGCCGUUACGGCAAGUGGAGGAGAGUCUCUCCAGUCGCAUCGCAGGAGCACGAUCGAUUGAGGAACAAUCGGAGGCAGAACGCUACAACCCGGCAAAAGCAUCUGAAAUCUCCGUUCGCUCUGGUGUUGGCUGGACCGCAUUUCUACGCUUCCGACGUGGCUCAGUUGACAGCGGCAGGGCCGCUAGCGAGAAAUCAGAAGAGAUGCAAAUACGGAGAAUAUUAAGCGCGUGUGCAACAGACAUUGCCGCUCUUUGGGCCUCAGAAGACGUUCAGCAGGGUUUGAGGGACCGCGACAUAAUUCUGCAGGAGCAAUCAGGCUUCUUUCUCGAUGAGGUACAGCGAAUCUGUCAGGAAUCCUACACACCCACACCGAACGACAUUCUACGCGCGCGGGUACACACUGUUGGACCUGAAGAGCAUGUUAUUCAUAUGGAGUCUGGGACUGAAACUAUGCGGACCUGGACCGUCUACGAUGUCGGUGGCUCGACAAGCCAACGAGCCGCGUGGGCACAGUUUUUCGAUGAUGUACACGUGAUAAUCUUCCUCGCACCGAUCUCUGCGUUCAACGAGACCCUGGCUGAAAACCACACCGUAAAUCGACUGGCCGAUUCACUCAAGUUGUGGCGGACAAUAUGCAGCAACAAAUUGCUCGUCAACGUUGAAUUCAUUCUUUUCCUCAACAAAGUCGACAUCCUGACGCGCAAAAUUCAGUCAGGGAUUCGUUUCGCAGAACACGUCACUUCAUUCCGGGACAAACCCAACGAACCCAAAGAGGUUAUUAAGUACCUAUCAGACGCGUUUGCCACAAUAAAUCAAACCUACUCCCCACGCAAGCGCAAGAUGCACCGACACGUCACUUGUGCAAUUGAUACUAAAGCAACAUCUAUCGUCAUUAACGACAUCCGCGAAGUAAUCCUCCUUAGAGCACUCGCUGCCACGAGCAUCUUAUAG